UUAUGCUAUCCAUGGUAGUUCACUCAAUCUAUUAUUUUAUUUUCCGGCAACUUCUUACAGGCAUUUCCAAAAGGGUCACCUUAGGUACCUGAUGUAUCAAGAGCAGUUUUGAAGGUGAUGGAGGGAGAGUUUAUGAAUAACAUAAUUCAGAAAUGGUUUGGGAAUGAAACAGAUUGUCCGCGGAUAGAUGGAAUGGCUAUAACAUCUGAUAGCCUCACGCUAGAUAGUUUUAAGGGCCUUUUCCUCAUAGCUGGUGUAUCAGCAGGCUCCGCUCUUCUCAUAUUCUUCCUCAUCUUCCUUUAUCAGAAUAGAGAAGUCUUAACCACUGAUGAUUCAAUAUGGCAAAAGCUUUGUGCAAUAGCAAAAGUCUUUGAUUUAGAGAGAGACAACUCUAAUUCUAUGUCAGAAAAGCCAUCUGAAGGCAAUGAAAGCAAUACGCCUACACUGCUCGCAGCAAGUGAAGCUUCUCCUGAAAUAUUUCCCGACCUUCCUUCGCAAAGCCCAGAAAUCAGAAUUUCCGACAGGCUAGGAGCAUCCCCUACUGCUGACAGGUUCUCUACAACAGAACCUGGAACUCCAGUUCAUGAAAACAUUACAGGGACAAUUGAAGAGAGAUUGAGAUGAGCUAAUAGGGUUAGUUAGACCAGAUGACAUUACAACUUUGACGCUCUUUGCCAGAAUUUAGAUAUGAUGGGUUCAAAGUUUAAGUUCUUAAGAUUGAAUUUAUUGCAUUUCUGUAAUUAUGAGUUAAGAAUUUAAUAUUUGUUGAAAGUCUACUAAUUUUCCACUU